AAGAUGAGGAACUCGCGAACGCGAGACAGCGCAGAAGGAAAUUCGCUUCUCCCCAGCGAUUGAAGAGGAUCUUGGCGACCUGGAGCCCUCCCAAGAAGAUCGCGACGCUCGAGCAGCUAUUGUCGCCUCGUUCGGCAGCUUUGUCAAGCAGACUUUAUCUGGCUCGUCCGUCGUUGCACCUUUUGGAUCAUAUGUAACCAACACAUUCACUUGCGACAGCGAUCUCGAUCUAUCGCUUUACUUGAAUCGUAUGAACCCUCUUUCCCGAGAAGAAAAACUCUACUUUUUGAAAAGGGUCACGACCAGUUUGCAAGCAAUGCAUGCACGGUAUGAUCAAAUACAGCCCAUUUACAAGGCUACUGUUCCUGUGGUGAAGUUCGUGGACCGUAAAACUGGAAUACAGUGUGAUCUCUCUGUAGACAACAAAGAUGGUGCAUCAAAAUCGUUGGUACUAGCCGCUCUAUCUUCAAUCGACAAGCGCUUUCGCCCACUCUGUCUACUGCUGAAAAAAUGGGCCAAAUCUCACGAGAUCAACGAUGCUAGCGCUGGUACCUUGAGUUCGUAUGUCAUCACACUUUUGGCCAUAUUUCACCUUCAGACAUGCUCCCCUCCAGUUCUCCCGCCAUUGUCUAUGAUUAUUGGAGGACUGGACCUACGUGAUGCUUCCUAUUGCAGCGGGUUUAUAAGUGCCCGCGCCAAAGCUUUUCAGGGCUUUGGUGCUCGCAACAUGGACAGAAUCUCCGAGCUCUUUAGGACCUUCUUUGUAAAGAUCACCGCUGUCAAGCCACUCUGGCAGGAAGGACUCUGUGCGAGUACUUACCAUGCACAGUGGAUCUCAAAGUGGCCAAGCUUUCACAAUGGUUGCAUUUGCGUGGAGGAUUUUUAUGAUCCGGCCUGGAGAACUCGGUAG